AUGACAGCCUCUAAACCGAAAACGGCCUCCCAAUUUGUUAGUAAUAACGAUUCUUUAAGACGAACACAAAACAACACUAUGACAAAAAGACCAAGAGGACCGAUUAACAAGAGGGCCUGUCAACGUUGUAGAAGUGGCAAGAUAAAGUGUGAUGGAGACGCAGAACAUAACAAAAGCUGUUCAAACUGUGAUCCUGAAAGUUGUAUCUUCGAUACCUCACCUCGUAAGAAUAAACAAGUUGAGCAUCUGAAGCAGAGGCUGGGGCAUUUAGAAGAACAGCUCGAAAGUAUCGUUCAAGGUGUAAAUGAUCAAUUAACGAUACAAGAAUUAAAAAUCGAAAUCUUAAGUCUUUUAAUUGAUUUGAAAGAAUUGUUUGAUGGAUCAGAAAAUGUUUUCAGGGAAUUGAAAAAGCUUACCAUGCAAGGAAAUUGUGUUCAACAAUUAUUAAUAUUUAUUCGUGAACUUUUACAACGAAUAUCAAAAGAGCAAGAUCGAAUUCAUGAAAUUAUUGAUAGUUUACGAAAAGUAAUUCUGUGUGCGGAGGAAGUAAACAAAGAUCCUUCGAGUUUAUCGCAGCUUCAGGCAAUGCCUUUAAAUAUAGUUAAAAUGUGA